GGGAGCAGAGGUUGGUGGUGGGGCAGGACCCACCAUGGUGGAGCCAGUCUCCCUGGGUGUGCAGGCACAGCUCCUCCCAGGGAUGCUCAGCCUCCUCCCAAACCCUGUGGCCUGCCUUCCCUGGGGAGGCGUUUGAAGGUUUCAUUUGAUUCGCACACCCUGCUCAAAGCAGGCAGCUCCACUGAGAGUAAACAUCUCUAACCACAGCCAGGCGGACAGACGAGGUCUAGAGCUGCCUGCAGCUCUGCCCGUUUAUAUGGGCAGCCAGGGAGGUGGGGCUGAGCUCUCACCCCUCAAUCAGCAUCCCAGGGAACGGGGCCGUGAGUAACAGGACCGGGUUCUACUCACCAGGACGAGAUGGGGAGGAAGCUGGACCUCUCCAAGCUAACUGAUGAAGAGGCCAAGCAUGUUUGGGAAGUUGUUCAGCGGGACUUCGAUCUGAGGAAAAAAGAGGAGGAACGGCUGGAGGAGCUGAAAUGGAAGAUCGACCAGGAGAGCAGCAAGAGAGAGUUCCUCACGAAUCAGUCCCACCUCAACGAAACCCACUGCGUCCACUGUCUCCAGCCCUUCAAAUUCCUGCUGAACAGCAAGCGGCAGUGCCUGGACUGUCGCUUCUACACCUGCAAGAACUGCAGCCGCUACAACAAGAAGGAGCAAGGCUGGGUCUGCGAUCCCUGCCGCCUGUCCAGGAUCGUGAAGAUCGGUUCCCUGGAGUGGUACUACGAACAUGUGCGAUCCCGUUUCAAGAGGUUUGGAAGUGCCAAAGUGCUGCAGUCCCUCUAUGGCAGGCUACAGCCGGGGCAGGGGCUGAGCUCCGCGUUUCUAGGUCUUCAUGACAGAGUUUACAGCCUGCCAGACAUUAACAGUGAAUGCCAGUUCCUCACCAGUGGUGGCACUGGGGACAACAGCGAUGACGAAGAUGAUGUCCUUCGUGGAGCUGAAGCAGAGUGCUACAGCAGAAUGCGCAAGACAAAGCGCCUGCUGUCUGUCCAUCCCUUUGAUUUUGAACUGGACUCGGACUACUCCUCUCAGUCUCGCCGUCAGUCUGUGCAGCUCUCUCCAGCAGCCAGCAGCCCGGAUGGUUUCCAGUCCUUCCCAGAUUUCCCCAACUCAGCUGAAGAUGCUCCCCAGAAGGAUUCCAGGAUUGCAGAAGCAGAUCUGGUUUUUCACCACAUCUUGCAGGAACAGGGACCAGGCAUGAGUCCUCCAGAGCAGCACUUCAGCACAGAGGUUCGGCUCACCGUCAAUUCACGGACAAGGAGCCUGGACAGAAAUGCAAAACUUGGUAGUCCUCGGAAUGAGCAGCCCCGGUCCACAUACUCUGCAGAUAUGGACACCUCUGAUGAGGAUGUGAAGGGAGUCCAGUUCCCUGCCUACCCGCCCCAUCACGUGAAAUGCCGGAACAGAACCUCAUCCCAGGAGAAUGUCAGCCGCUCCAGGAAUCAGAUUCAUGAGCUGAACAAGCGCAUGUCUGCAAUCGAAUGCAUGCUGAACCGCUUGGAGGAAAAAAUCCUGGUGCGCUCUGACGAGUCUCCAGCCCCAGAGUCCCAACUUGAUCCUGAUGCUGAGGAGGAGGAGUUGAAGAGGAAGCUGGAGGAGCUGGCUAGCAAUAUCAGUGACAAAGAAGUCUCUUCUGAAGAAGAGGAGCGUGAAGAAGAGAAGAGAGUGAAGAAACUAGAGAUGAGUUCCUCCAGUGAUGAUAUGGCCAGAGAUGCUCGAAAGAGGUCGUCGGCUCAGGCUUUGAGCGAAAUCACAGCCAAAGUACUGAGAGCUAUAAACGCCACGGAGAAAGCGGUGUGUGAGUCGUUGCAUGGAGAGAGCCAGUGCAACGGUGGCUGUGCCCUCCCCACGGGGCAGCUUCCCAGCCUGGGAGAUGGGAAAGAGGUGGCCGAAGCAUACCGUGAGCUUGAAGAAAAUGUGUACCUGACUGCUGGGAAGACCUACCGGCUUGAGAAGACCCUGAAGGAGCUUGAGGAAGGGGCUCAGCACAGCGGCGCUACCGACUCGGAGCUGUCAGAGCUGGAGGACAAAGUGGCCUCAGCAGCCGCUCAGGUGCAGAAGGCAGAGAGUGAGAUAUCAGACAUUGAAUCUCGAAUUGCAGCUCUGUCUGCUGCAGGGCUGACAGUGAAGUCUGUGGAAAAGGCAAGGAAGAAGUCGAGUGGGCAGGCUGCCUGCCCUGACUCUCCUGUUCCCACCAGCAGCAGCCCAGGGGAGUCUUCGGAUGACAUUAGAGUGAUGCCCGGACUGCAGAUGUUCAGGAGAAAGUUCAACAUUCCCCUCGAAAUCUCUGGUCCUGAUGACUCCUUUGACCGCAACUCCGUUUACCGUGGCUCCCUGACACAGAGAAACCCCAAUGGGAAGAACAGGAGAGUGGAGCGGCUCUUUGCGAAGCCUGUGAUGACCCACCUGUCCUGAGAAGAAGGGGACCCUCCUGCCACCAUAUUUCACUGAUGAUACAGAACCUCAGCUCAAAGCCUCACCACCUUCCCCCAUUGCUUGCUUUUCCUUCUCCCACACUCAUCUUUCCAUGAAACCCCAGACAGGAGCAAAGUUGAAGGCCAUGGGCAGGGGUCUUGCUGGGAGCUGCCAGGGAGAGGGGCGAGACACUGGGGUGUGGACAUGUGGCCAGGGGCUCUAAUGGAAGGAUGCAGGCAUGAGGCCUCAGCUUUGGGCAGCUCUUUGGUACUGGGUCAACCAAGGGGACAAGAGAGGUGCAGAGUGGGAGUGACCUCUUUGGAGGGAGCUGGAUGUCAGUGUGGCUUUACAACAUGGGGACUGGGGACAGUGACAUGGCAUUCACUUGGCAACAUCUGGUCCCAGCCCUUGACAAAAGGCUAAUGUCAUCUAUUGCAGUCAUCUCAUCAUGGCUGGGGCCUGUUCCUGCUCUCUUCCAGGCUGGUGCUGAGCAGGAGCAGGAGCUGAUGGCAGGAGCCCUUGGGGUACCCCAGGCAGAGCAGAGACCCAGGCACCCCAGGCUGGGAUUCGCAUACUGGCGCUGGUCCCAACUUGUCCCUUAGAGUGUCACUUCCCUUCCCUGAGCAGCAAAGCAGGGUGAGAGCAGUGCUGACUCCCUCCCAGCGAGCGCUUGGCCAACAGAUCCUUACACAAAGCUAUGCAAGCACCCACUGAGGGUUCUUAUCACCAUGCCCGAAGCAGCUGUGACAAUCUGGGCACCAAUCAGAUGAGGUGUGCAUGAAGCAGUAUCAAGAAAAGUGGAAGAAAGGCCAGAGGGCUUACAGGGGACUGGUUUGAUUUUCCAGCUCUCAAAGGUGUCCCCUCUCCCAGCAAGGCUAUGCCAGCAAGUUCAGAAGGACUCCAGCAAGCAGAACAUAAGAGCUUCUCUGGAGGCUUUUCCUGUUCUGCAGAUGGGUCAACCUGUGCCAAGCAGCACUUUGUGGAUGAGCAAAAUAUCCAUAAUGAUGGGACUGUAGGACCGUUCAAUCCUUUGGAGUGGCUGUGAUGGCCUUUGGGGUCUGGUCUUGGGCUCCUGUCAGGUGACAGCAGCACUGAUAAUGCUCGUCUCCAGAAAUCUCAAACGGUUCAUUUUCCUCCAGCAUUUAAUUCUCCACAUCCGCUGAUCCCAGUGAAUCAGCGCCUGGCCCCAUACCCAUGUCCAGGACAUCAGGAUGGGCAGGGGGUUCCUUUCUCUUGCAGGAAAAUUUGAAGAAGGUUCAUGUUAAAAAUAUUUUGCUUGGUACCUGCUGUUCCUUGUCCUUUAUAGUCCCCACCUCCUCCCUCCUCCCGCAGCGGGUGAUGCAGGGAGGAUUGCCUGCAGCCAGAGCGGGGAUGUCAGACGAAUGCUGGCAGUUUCCCAUCCAUGGCCACAUGGCCAGGACCAUUUUAGGCUAUUCUUGUGCAUCUGAUCAAAACCACUUUAAUUAUGAGCUGUAGUGUGAAUUCUCAUGCAAGUAACAUAUACGUUUGGCUUUGGUAGCAGUAGAGACUGCUAACUGCCUAGAAAUCAGUCCCACAGUCAUUCUAGAGCAGUCUUCUAAAUCUGGGCUUCCCAGCUGGAAACAAAACCAGUUUCUUACUUUAAAAUGAAAUCCUUCUGGUCUGAAGUUCAAAAGGGUAAGUGCGAACCACUGCCAUUGCAGAAACUCCCCCAGACACUGUGUCAUUGCUGGGUGCACAUCUUGCUGCUCAGCUGGCCUUGGUGCUAGAACAGCAGCUCCUUGGCUGGCAGAAGGGAGCUCCACCAAGAUCUGGGCAACAUUAUGUGUUUGCACUCACCCUUCUAUUGUCAGGGUUCAGCCUUCCCCCCAACCACACUGUACCCAGCUUCAGCUGUAACUCAAGUCCUUACAUGCAGCUAUUGGGAUGCUUGACCCUGCAUAGAAGUCCUUGCCGUGAACCUCAGCAGUGCAGACUAAGGCAUCGUUCAGGCUGUAGUCUUGUUAUUUGCCAGUUUCCUGCCCCAUCUGCUUGUGUAGACAUUAUAUAUAUGUACACAAGGUCAUGCAAUAAAGCCAGUUUUGUGUCCAGAACUCA